UCUUUCUUUUCUCCAUCUCCAUGGGCUUUGCACCAUUUAUCACGUAUUGCGUAUUAACUGUUCUUUCUCCAGUAAUUUAGAACGAGUAAAACUUCAAAAUUAAUCGGCAUGAUCGUUCAAUGGCAUAAUACAGAGUCGGGGUAAUUAUUCAUAUCCAACUAAUAGCUGCAUAAUACCAGGGAAAAUUAUGUCACAAAUCCCAUUGCAAAUGGUUACACGCCAUGCAAAUUAUGUCACAAUUAAUUCUUUCUUCUAGUUCUACCAAAAUAUUGACUUGCUGAUGGUAUCAUAUUGGAGCUAUGACUGCCCAAACUUGCACAUUUUGCACGCAUGGUGAGACCUACACGCCUUCCCAAGUUGUUUAAUCCAUCACUUGCUGUGUCAUGUUUUGGUAGGGGAGAAGGCUUGUGUGUGUCCAUGUUUUGUUCGACACCUUCAUAUUCUGAAUUUUCUUUCCUCCUGUUUAUUUCAUGUCUCAUGUCCAUGAAGAAGCCAGAAGCUACUGAUUGAAUUUACUGACCUGGUGGAUAACUAAAUCAAAUUUUCAACUGGUUCCAAAAUAUCAGCAACUUCCGAUGGAUUUCGAUAUUGGAAUUGAGGAUGUAGGGUUGAUGGUAUUGCAGGAAUUAUGGAACAGGGUGGCAUCUCAAGCAGUAGAUCUUGUUAGUGAAACGAGGGAUGUGGUUCUUGAAAAAGACACUUUCCAACAAUUCUCCAGUAGCAUCUCUGAGCUAAGCACUCUCCUCCUGGCUUUGGAUGCCAAAAAGGUUGAAGCUGCAAUGGGUUCAGAAUUUACAAAAUCUGCAUUAGAGACCUUAAAUGGUCAGUUGAAAAAAGCCCGCAAGAUCGUCAAAGACUACAAAUCUGGAAGCCGUCUGCGGCUGUUACUUCAUUCGCACUCAAUCCUACUGCAGAUGCAAGAAUUAGCCAAAGAGAUUGCCAAAACCAUUUCUUCAUUUCAGUUGGUCAAUCUUGAUAUGGCACUGAACUUAAAAACCAUGACUGAGCUGGUCAUCAACAAUCUGACGUCUAUGGAACUCCGAUCUGCAACUGCAACAGAAACAAUUGCUUUUGAGAUAGAGAAUUCCAUAUCCCAAAAUAAUAGGAACCGAGAAAAUUCUGUAAAGCUCCUGGAGAAGAUUGCAGAUGCUGUUGGUGCUAGUGCAAAUGCAUCCCUGGUGCAAAAUGAAUUGGCACGUCUGAGGCAGGAAAAAGAAGAGAUGGAAGAUCAAAAGAACCAGGCAGAGGCACUUCAACUCUCUCAAUUGAUACAGUUGCUGUACAGCACAGAAAUUGUUACGCGGCCACAGAAUGAGGACUGCCCUACAUACCAACAGAAGCACCCAAUCACUUCAUUCGUAUGCCCCUUGUGCAAUGAGAUAAUGGCAGAUCCUGUUGCAAUUUUUUGUGGCCACAGCUUUGAGAGGAAGGCAAUUCAGGACUACUUCAAUAGAGGAGAGAAAAACUGUCCUACCUGCAGAGAGGAGCUUCCAUCUUUAGAGCUUACACCAAAUGUCAACCUUCGGAGCUCUAUAGAAGAAUGGAAGCGAAGAGAGAUGGACUUAACAUUCCAAGCUGCGUUAUCUGCAAUCAAUUCCAAUGAUCAUUCUAAACAAAACAAGGCCUUAGAGGAUCUGCAGUUUCUGACAGAAAUGCCAGAUAAUGCAAUCAAAGUUGCAGAGCAGGGGCUUAUUCCUAAAUUAGUGGAAUUCUUGAAAGAUAGUAGGCUGAACACCAUGGCAACGUUGAAAUGUCUUUAUUUCCUUGCUAAAAACUGUGAUAAUCACAAGGAAGCUAUUGUAGAAGCGGGAGUGGUUCGGCGAAUUGUGAAGCAGAUCUAUACAGGUGAAAGAAUACCUGAUGCAAUUGCAGUUCUGUUGGAGUUGUCCAACAAUGAAACCCUCAGAGAAAAAAUUGGGAGUACAAAUGAUUGUAUUCCCCUUUUGGUUUCUUUGCUUGAUAAUAGUAAUUCAGACAUCUCACAAAAAGCAAAGAAAAUGUUAGACAAUUUUUCUUCUAACACAUCCUUUGUAGUAAAAAUGGCUGAGGCUGGAUAUUUUCAACCAUUUGUAGCUCGUUUCAACCAAGGACCACAAGAGAGUAGAGGAUGGAUGGCUGAUGACUUGCUGAAGAUGCAGCUCAAAGAAAAUAGAAUGAAGGACUUGGAAGACGGGCAAUUCAUUCAGAGUCUAAUACAGAUGCUCUCUUCAAACUCCUCAGCAUACAAAUUGGUUUGCCUCAAAUGUAUCAAGAAGCUAACAGCAUACCCCAGGAUGGCAAAGCGGCUUCUGUCAGAUUCUGCAACCAUACCACCUUUGCUGGGUCUCAUCUCAUUUAUCAGCCCUGAUCCAAAUUUGAAGCAAGAAGCUGGUGAGAUCCUUGCUCUAUUGGUUGGAGCUUGCCAAUAUCCUCAAUUCCAAAUGCAUCAGAGCCUUCAGGAGCUACAAUCAAAGCACAAUAUCAGUCUCUUUCUGCAGCUGGUAAUUUGUUCUGAUCCUCAAAUUAAGUUUCAGUUCUUGCAUCUGCUAGUAGAGCUCAGCCAUAAAUCAGACAUAGCUCGAAGCCUAAUCCGAUCCAAUGGGGAUGCAGUUGCUCACCUAUUUUCUUCACUUGAUGGUGACGAGCCUCUGGUGAAAAGAUGGGUAUUGAAACUUAUACAUUGUAUUUCAGAUGGUCAUCCUGAUGGAGUUCCACUCCCAUCAUCCCCUGGGAAAGAAACUGCCAUCAAUACCUUAGUAGCCAUCCUGACCCAUUCACUAGAUAUCGAAGAAAGGCGUCUGGCUGCUGGAAUCAUCAGUCAGCUUCCCAAGGAUGAUAUCACUAUUGAUGAUAUACUGCAUAAAUCAGAAGCAUUAAAAGCCAUUCGUGAGGUGAUCUGUAGCAUGGAAGAGGAAGAUAACGGGAUCAGAGCACCUACUAAUGUAGAUACAUCUCUACUGGAGAAUGCUUUAGCAGCACUGUUACGAUUCACAGAACCAACAAAGCCAGAAUUUCGGAGACAAGUGGGCAAGCUUGAAUUGUAUCCAUCGCUUGUUAGAGUCCUCUCCAGUGGCAGCUCACUUGCGAAGAAGCGAACAGCAAUUGCACUUGCACAGUUGUCCCAAUCCACUAGUGUAUCAGUGUCUGAUGCAACCAUUGUGGCAAAUCAGGCUAACAACUCUUUGCCACUGUUGCGGUUGAUGAACCUCUUCCCCAACAUGCCUUGGUGUUGCUCAACCUCAUCAGAGAUUGAAAAUCUAUGUGCUGUUCACGGUGCCGCUUGUUUACAUAGACACACAUUCUGCCUUAUUAAGGCAAAUGCGGUAAAGCCACUUGUUCGGACAUUGAGUGACACAGAAACUGGUGUGGCAGAGGCUGCUCUAAUGGCACUCGAAACAUUGCUAACAGACAACAGUAGUCCAUCCCAUGCAACUGCUGCUAUUGUAGACAGUGAGGGUGUGGUGGCCAUCCUACAACUUUUGGAGAAGGGAACCCUCCCUGCCAAAACCAAAGCCCUAGACCUCUUCCAUGAAAUCGUAAAGCACAAACCGUUGCAGAUCAGUGACCAGUUAUUUCAAAGGUCUGAGAGGAUCCUUGUUCAACUUCUCCAGGAAGAUGCGCUCAAAAAGAAGGUGGGGCUGGUGCUUAGACAGAUGAAUAUCAUGCCAGAUCAAUCGUCCUACUUCUGAAUUGGUUUCCAUUUGCAAACAAGAAACUAAAACAGAAACAUCUGGUUUACAGCGGCAUAUCGAGAACAUCUCUCAGUGACAUGAUGCCUUCAGCCCCCAUUAAUAGUACUGGCUUUGAUGUUAGGUGUAGCUCUACUGAAAAGUAAGCCUGAAGAUGCCAAAUUUACAUGCUUGCAAAUAUUUUUUUGUAUAUAUUCUAGAAAAAACUGAAUGCAAAUGUUUCAUAACUUCAUAGAUUGAUUAGGAAAGCAUUUAUACUAUUAUUGAUGUACAUAAUUUUCAAUUUGUCAUUUUUAGACAUGUGCAGAGCUGUACUGUUCCAAACCAAAUUCCUUCAAUGAAAUCAUUAAAAAUUUUCUAA